AUGUCUUGCUUUGAGGAUCUCUCAGGUGAAAUUCUAAUGGCCAUAUUCGAAUAUAUGAAUGUUGAAGAUGUUUGGACAAUAUUUUUCAAUAUGAAUGCAAGAUUUCACUCACUGGUAUUCGAUUCUCGUCUUCGAUUAACAGCCGAUGUGUCAAAAGUUGACAAAUUAAAUUAUGAUCAAUUUUGCUCAUCAUUAAUAAAUAAAAAUUUUAGUAAUAUUUAUAAAUUAAUUCUAUCGAAUCAUUAUAAUCGUUAUCCUCAAAUUCGUUCAUUUCUAUCUCAAACAGCUUUCACAAUAUUUCAAUCAUUGCAUGCAUUAACAUUAAUUGAUAUUAAUCAUGACGAGUUAAUAGAAAUAACACAACAAAUAAAACAAUUGCCAUAUUUAAAUUAUUUGCAUAUUAAUACACAUGAAAUUUUUCGCGAUAAAGAAUUAACCAGUGCUACAUAUGCAUUACUCAAUCAAUCGAAUAUUCGUGUGUCAAUAUUUCAUUUGCAUGAAAGACUUCAAUGGCCUGAAACUGAAACAAUCUCAUCAUGUAACACUGAGGUUCUUUCGUUGGAUUAUAUUAAUGCUGAUCGUCUGGUUUUUCUAUUGCCACAUUGUUCAUAUCUUCGUUCAUUAUCUGUUACACUUGAUCCUCGGACUAGUUUAUCAAAAUUAACACAAGGCGAUAUAUCUUCGUCGUUAACAUUUCCUCAAAUAACAUGUCUUCGUUUGUGUUAUCGUCCAUUUGAUUUAUCAACUCUUGAAAAUUUAUUAAAUUCUGUACCUUCAGUAAGACGAUUUUCCAUGGAAACUCUUGUUUAUAGCACUGAUUAUAUACGUUCACCGUUUUGGACAUUACUUCUACAACAAUACUUACCAUCAUUAGAACGUAUACAUUUAGUAGUACGUGGUUGGUUUGUUUUAAAAACAAGUAAUAAUACUAAUGAUGAAAAAUUAGAUGAAGCAAGUAUAACUGAUAGUUAUCGUUAUGAUCACUAUUGGCUUGAUCGAGCCUAUAAACAUAUAUUUAAAUGUCUAGUUGAUUCCUCAACAGCAGUAUUAGAGAUACGAUGA